AUGUAUAAUACUCAUCGCGGAAUGGUUCCGGCUCCCAACUCCCGUCUGACGGAGUUGUUGGACCAACUGCGCCAGGAAUUCGAGAAUCAGUCUCGAAGCACUGGCGAGUUUGAACAUCAGCUAACCGGGCAGCUUCAAGAGAUGGAGAUGAUCCGCCAGAAGGUCUAUCAACUGGAACAGGCACAACUUAAGAUGAAACAAGAUUACGAAGCAGAGAUUCGGGUGCUGCGACACGAGCUUGAAUCGCGUGGUGUUCAGCCCGUGUCAUCUCACAUUACCGGCCCGGCCCAGCACGCUGGACCUUCUCAGGCCCCGCCACCGGCCCUGGGUCACGGCCCUAGCAAUCUGUUUGGUGGCAUCAUGACCAACCAAGGAGGUAGUGGCCCCGGUCUUCCAGUUGCCCCUCCCCCUCCCCAGGAUCAGCAGCCUCCCCAGCAUACCCUUCAACAGCCUGCUGCCGCGGCCCAGCAAGGAGCGCCGCAACCACCGCAGAGCUCUUUUGGAGGAUAUCAGCCUGGUGCUGCUGUGAACGGCUAUGGACCUCCCCCUCCUCCUGCUGCCUCCCCCGGCCCUGGCAAGCGGCCCCGUGCUCCUCCCGGUCCGGCCACUCCUCAACAGACCCACCAGCUGGCCUACACAUCUGAUCCCCGUGUCUCCUCGCCGCAAUUGGCCCGCCCAACGCCUCCUAGCCAGGCUCUCGUGCGAGAUCGCCCGGGAAACAUGCUGGCCAACUGGAAUCCUGACGAUCUGCCGGCGUCACAGAAGCGAGAGGGUGCCGAUUGGUACGCCGUGUUCAAUCCCGAGGUGCAGCGCGUGCUGGAUGUGGAACUUGUUCAUCACCUUGUCCACGACAGCGUUGUGUGCUGUGUUCGUUUCAGCCGUGACGGCAAGUACCUUGCGACCGGCUGCAAUCGCUCUGCGCAGAUCUUCGAUGUGACCACGGGUCAGAACGUUGCGACGCUGCAGGAUGAGAAUGUGGACAAGAACGGCGACCUUUACAUCCGCAGCGUCUGCUUCAGCCCUGACGGCAAGUAUCUUGCGACUGGCGCAGAAGACAAGCAGAUUCGGGUUUGGGACAUCAAUGCCCGGACGAUCAAGCAUAUCUUUACCGGUCACGAGCAGGAUAUCUACUCUCUUGACUUCGCUGGCAAUGGUCGGUACAUUGCGUCCGGUAGUGGAGACAAGACUGUUCGCCUUUGGGAUAUCCUGGAUGGCAAGUUGGUCUACACCCUGAGCAUCGAAGACGGUGUGACCACCGUGGCUAUGUCCCCAGAUGGUCACUACGUCGCCGCAGGCUCUCUCGAUAAGAGUGUGCGUGUUUGGGAUACCACUACCGGCUACCUUGUGGAACGGUUGGAGAGCCCCGAUGGACACAAGGACAGCGUGUACUCGGUUGCCUUCGCCCCCAACGGCCGGGACCUCGUCAGUGGUAGUCUGGACAAGACCAUCAAACUUUGGGAGCUCAACGUGCCCCGUGGCGCCUACCCCGGAAGCGGAGUUAAGGGUGGUAAAUGCGUCCGCACUUUUGAAGGUCACAAGGACUUUGUGCUCAGCGUCUGCCUGACUCCCGACGGACAUUGGGUCAUGAGUGGUUCUAAAGACCGGGGCGUUCAAUUCUGGGACCCCAUCACCGGAAAUGCGCAGAUGAUGCUCCAGGGACACAAGAACUCAGUCAUCUCCGUGGCGCCCAGCCCUACUAAUAACCUGUUUGCCACUGGUAGUGGUGACAUGCGGGCAAGAAUCUGGAGGUACGUUCCUACUGGCCUACAAGGCGUUCAUCAUCGUCCUGGUGGCUUUCUGUUUUCUUCUUCUCUAUCAUGAACAUUGUUGACAAGGUCGCUCCGAACAGAUACUCUACCUACACUGGACGGUGAUGAGAAUGAUUUGGGAAAGCUCUGGCGCAAUUAUGGAAUCAUGUUUCUUCUUUUCGAAUCUCCCGUUUCCUAUUUUGUCUGCGUGCCGCGUCUUGUUCGACGUCACUACCGGGAUUUGCGUUGCAAAAGGCCAAUCGCUUUAUUGUCACAACUCCUUGCACGGGGAAGUGACCCUGGGGUUGUUUUUUUCUUUUCCAAAGGAGACGAAAUGC